AUGGUUAAAGCUGUUGUUCUCGGAGCCUCUGGUGGCAUUGGCCAGCCCCUUUCCCUUCUGUUGAAGGCUUCUCCUCUCAUUGAUGAGCUUGCUCUCUAUGAUGUCGUCAACACCCCCGGUGUUGCGGCCGAUCUCUCUCACAUCUCCUCGGUUGCUAAAAUCACUGGCUACCUCCCCAAGGACGAUGGCUUGAAGCUUGCUCUGACCGGUGCUGACAUUGUGGUCAUCCCCGCCGGUAUUCCCCGCAAGCCUGGCAUGACCCGUGACGACCUGUUCAAGAUCAACGCUGGAAUUGUCAAGACCCUCGUUGAGGGAAUUGCCUCAUUUGCCCCCAAGGCUUUCACACUCGUUAUCUCCAACCCCGUGAACUCGACCGUCCCCAUCGCGGCCGAGGUCCUCAAGAAGGCCGGUGUCUUCGACCCCAAGCGCUUGUUCGGUGUGACCACCCUGGACGUUGUCCGUGCCGAGACCUUCACCCAGGAGUACUCCGGCAAGAAGAACGCCUCCGAGGCCACCAUUCCCGUCAUCGGUGGCCACUCUGGCGAGACUAUUGUUCCAUUGUUCAGCAAGGCUUCCCCCAACCUCCAGAUUCCCGCUGAGAAGUACGAGGCUCUCGUCAACCGCGUCCAGUUCGGCGGUGAUGAGGUUGUCAAGGCCAAGGACGGUGCUGGUUCCGCCACCCUUUCCAUGGCCUUUGCCGGUUUCCGUUUUGCCGAGGCUGUUAUCAAGGCCUCUCAAGGCGCCAAGGGUAUUGUUGAGCCUACUUUUGUCUACCUGCCCGGUGUUCCCGGCGGUGACGCUAUUGCUAAGGCCACCGGUGUUGACUUCUUCUCCACCCCCAUUGAGCUUGGCCCCAACGGUGCCGAGAAGGCUAUCAACAUCCUCGAUGGUGUGACCGAGCGUGAGCAGAAACUCCUCGAUGCUUGCAUCACUGGACUCCAGGGCAACAUUCAGAAGGGUGUCGAGUUCGCCCAGAACCCCCCAAAGUAA